AUGGGCCAAGUCAUGAAGAUCUUGGCCCUUUGCGCCGUGCUAGGCAUUGCCUACAAGAUGAUCAGCUCCAUGUGUGCCUCUCGCAAAUGCGACUGCCGCAGGUUCAAGAUCCUCGCGCAGUGCCUGCUUGCCUGGGGCUGGGACGAGUUCGAGACCUUCGAGGUGCUCAUGAGCGUGCACAGCGUGCAGGACGUGCAGAACGAGGGCAUGUUCGGCAAGAAGGAGUUCAAAGUGAAGGCCAGCUUCAACUGGAGCAGCGCAGAGACGUCCGGCACCUGCGACAUGCGCUGGGAGCAGACCAAGAAGCUUGAGAUCCCGCAGGGCGCCUCCGAGGGCAUCAUCAGCUUGUGGUCCCUGGGCACCAUCAAGGACUCGAAGGUGGCGCAGUACACCCUGGAGACCAAGAAGGACAUGCUCGACAAGUCUGAGUCCUUCUUCGGGAAGAAGCAGAAGUUGAAGCUCACGCACAAGGGCAAGACGGUGGGAACCCUCCUGAUCACCUUCAGGAAGCGAGGGCGUGGGGACAAUGACAUCGGAGACUGCCCCAUCGACGGCAUUGAUGAAGACUCCCCUCUGCUGAUCGACAUCACCAAUGCCAUCCAGGAGAUGGUCAGGAAGAAGGAGAUGCUGCCCUUGCAGAAGGGCGAGAAGCUCGGCGGGGAGCGGAAGAUCGCUGUUCUGGCCAAGACACUGCAGGGGGACCUCCGGGAGAUCAGCUUGGAGGGUCAGGAGCUGGGCAAGGUCUACGUGCGCGCCAUCUACUGCAACUUUGCGGAGCUGAAGGGCGAAGACAUGAAAGAGGAGUGGGCCAAGCAGUGCGAGAAGGCCCGGAAGAAAGGCCUGAGGCAGCCACAGAGGAAGUGGUACUUCUGCUGGUACGGCAGCAAGAACGAGGCCCUGGACCCGGAGAAGUGGCACUUCCCGGACGGCUUCUUCCCGCUGGCCACCAUGACGCAGGUGAAUCGGUCCCCGGAGCGCCAGGACCAGUUUUGCGUGAAGUACACGGCGGGGGCCAAGGAGACGAAGAUCUAUCGCCGGGAGCAGGGCAAGGCCCUGGACGCCUGGGUGGAGGGCCUGGACUUGGCCAACCAAGAGAUCCGGGAGAACAUGAAGGAGGAAAAAGAGGGAGAGGAGAUGAAGGAGAAGGAGAAGGCCAAGGCUCGCAUGAUGCACGGCCAAUGGAUGCAGAAGAAUGGCAUGCCGGGCAACGAGGAGCAGUGGACGGCCUGGUUCCAGUGGAUGAAGUCGGGGCAUUUGGAGGACGAGAGCAUCCGGGACUUCUACCAGGAGCUCAUGAACCCCCCGCAAGGGAAAGGGGCGGGGCGCGGAUAG